CGGCGCUGCUGCUGCUGCUGCAACAAGAGACGAGACGCGGCCAGAUCACAAACAGCGCCAGUGCGCAUGCUCCGUCUGCGCCGCUUACUGUAUAUUCACAGUGGGGGAAAAAAGGGCAGGCAACAAAAACCGAGCAUUUUUACGGCAAAGCGACUCCUACCAUGUAAAUAACCUACAGGAAGACAAAGGGCAGUAUCAACAGGGAUUUUUUUUAGGUGUGAUGAGACAAAGGAACAAAGGAUGCCUUAGAAGAGAGGCAGAUAACAAGGUUGGAAUCUGCUUCAAAGCACACCAAAUGGAUCUAUCGCUCCCCAUUGCAUCCAGAUCAUGAUACUUGGCUGAAGCUUUAAUCAUCUUUAUGAUCCCUCCUCCAUCUAUGGCGAACUAUAGCCAUGCAGGGGACCACAACAUCUUGCAGAAUGUCUCUCCGCUUGCCACGUUCCUUAAACUAACCUCCCUGGGUUUCAUCAUCGGCGUCGGAGUGGUCGGAAACCUCCUGAUCUCCAUCCUGCUGGUCAAAGACAAGAGCCUGCACCGCGCACCCUACUACUUUCUGCUGGACCUGUGCGCCUCGGACAUCCUGCGCUCUGCCAUCUGCUUCCCCUUUGUGUUCACCUCGGUCAAGAAUGGCUCCGCCUGGACAUACGGCACGCUCACCUGCAAAGUGAUUGCCUUCUUAGGCGUGCUCUCCUGUUUCCACACAGCCUUCAUGCUGUUCUGCAUCAGCGUAACGCGCUACCUAGCCAUCGCCCACCACCGCUUCUACACAAAGAGGCUGACCUUCUGGACCUGCCUGGCCGUCAUCUGCAUGGUGUGGACGUUGUCCGUGGCCAUGGCCUUCCCGCCAGUGCUGGACGUGGGCACCUAUUCGUUCAUCCGCGAAGAGGACCAGUGCACCUUCCAGCACCGCUCCUUCCGCGCCAACGACUCGCUGGGCUUUAUGCUGCUGCUCGCCCUCAUCCUCCUGGCCACUCAGCUUGUCUACCUCAAGCUCAUCUUUUUCGUUCACGACCGUCGGAAGAUGAAACCUGUCCAGUUUGUGCCGGCCGUCAGCCAGAACUGGACCUUCCAUGGUCCGGGGGCCAGCGGCCAGGCUGCGGCCAACUGGCUGGCUGGCUUUGGCCGAGGCCCCACGCCUCCAACCCUGCUGGGGAUCCGGCAGAACAGCAAUGCGGCGGGCCGCAGGCGUCUGCUGGUGCUGGACGAGUUCAAGACUGAAAAGAGGAUAAGCAGGAUGUUCUACAUCAUGACCUUCUUCUUCCUGAGCCUGUGGGGGCCCUACCUGGUGGCCUGCUACUGGAGGGUGUUCGCCAGGGGCCCCGUGGUGCCUGGAGGCUACCUCACUGCGGCCGUGUGGAUGAGCUUUGCUCAGGCGGGAGUCAACCCCUUCAUCUGCAUUUUCUCCAACCGGGAGCUCAGACGAUGCUUCAGCACCACGCUCCUCUACUGCAGAAAAUCCAGGUUACCUAGGGAACCCUACUGUGUUAUAUGAAGGCUUGGUUUUUUGGUCUUGGGUAUUUUUUUUUUGCUUCCCUGAUUUGUCAGGGAUACAUCUUGUUGUAUAGCUCUCCUCUCUUUCUCUUCUUCACUACAGUCCCACUCCCCAGUCACCCCAGCCCCCACCCCAUAGGUCUGAUGUGGAACUGUCAAUCAUACACACCUCUUGAUGUGAAUGAGCGUCACACAUGAAGCUCGAAGGGAAUAAAAAUAAUCAGGGAGCAGAGGACCCCUCCUGUGUUUAUGUUCUAGUAAACAACUGCUGUGGAAGGCCAUUUUUAAAGCAGAUACGCAAAAAAAAAGAAAAAAAAGAAAGCAAGAAAAAGAAAGAAGGAAAGAAAUGUGAUGUUAACAUUAGACUGACCCGUCUGCUUUGGAUAUGUUGAAGACUCAAGGUGUACAUGACAGAAAACAAAUUUUCCCUUCUGGGAAUCACUGGAAUGGUUUUGCGUUUAAAAGUUGCACUAAGUUAUAAAGAAGUUAAAAAGAUGCUUUUUUUCGCUGAGUUGCAUUGCAAGGAUGUCUCUUUUUUUUCCCCCCCUAACUGAAAUAUGAAUGCUUUCAUUUGCAACAGACUUCUCAUUCACUGUAAGUAAACAAACAUGUGGGGUGACAGACUCUGUUGGAAUACACCUUCACAAGAGGAUAAAAUUGGUUUAAAUGUAAGUGAUUUCUUUUUUUCAAUUUUCGGGGGGUGGGUGGGGAGGGGGUGGGAUUCAAUGGAUACUGAUGUGUGGUUUUCCAAUUGCAACUUAAAUUAUUUCCUGUAGUUUUAUGAUCCAUGCAGUAUGUCCGUGUCUGGCAAUGUUCUUUUCUUAUCUCAGUUUCUAACAGUCUUAAUGUUUGGAUUUUAAAAGUUGCUCUUGAGAACCUUGUGCUAAAAUGACAGUGGAGAACCAGUUCAAUGUUUCAUAUCCAUGUACCUGAACACUGACAUAUUGUUACAGUAUUGCUGAUACCACUCCAGAUGUUCUUGCCUUAAUGGUUAUGAUGUUUAUUUUUGAUUUCUUUUUUUGUUUUGGGUCUGAUUUUCAGAUGUGCUCCUCAAAAAUGUCUCCAGGCAUAUAAGGGAGUGUUUUCACAUUGAUGUGAAGUGCAUGUUCAUUUUAAAUGCAUAUCCACUUUCAUGAGCAUCACCACUGGCAUUGCACCAGACGCCCCAUUUCUUAUCCUGCAACGGUUUGCUACACACCUACACCCCACUGAGUGCGCAGAAUGCAGGGAGCAGAGAGCGUGUCUGUGUGUGUGUGUGUGUGUGUGUGUGUGUGUAAGCUGGACAACUGUCACGUCAAGACCAGAGCCUUAGUAUAAAAUCUUGCACAAUUUGUAAAAAAUUUAACAGAAAAACAACAAAAAAAGACAUUGUAUUUAAGGCACAGCGUCUUGUUUAUACUUUCCCGACAUUUGCUCUCUACUGAUUGUUUUGAUUAACUUACUUUUUUCUCUUGUGGCCAUUUUAAUAUUUAUUAUGUAUUUUUUUGUAUAUUAUAGGUAGAUAGUGUGUAAGUUUGUGAGUCUUUCAUUUUGAAGUCCCGGACGUGAGUACUGUUUAAGUUAGGAUUGCAUUUGCUGAAAGUUAACUGUGUAAUCUGUUGCUUACAUUUUUGAAAAUAAAAUUUUACAUUUUGCAAAACCUGUUUUUUUCUUCUGACUGUAAAUCAGCCAAU